GGCAACAUGUGACAGAGUGCUACUAAAAACAGCUUGAGCGCUCUUCAAGUGAUCCUUUAAACAAUGUCAUCCAGCUGAGGAAACCCAUAGGACAUUUGAUCACACAAGUCCAGGAAUUAUUUGAAGGGAACGAAGCCGGAAAUUGACAGCACAACAUAUUUCUCCUAAAGUUUACUCUCCUUGGAAUAGCUAGGAGAUGAGCACCUCUCUGUCCUACCAGUCCAUGAGCAAAGAGCAGCAAACUAUGGAUAACUUGGAGAAGCAACUUAUUUGUCCAAUAUGUUUAGAAAUGUUUUCCAAACCCGUGGUAAUCCUUCCUUGUCAGCAUAACCUGUGCAGGAAGUGCGCCAGCGACAUAUUUCAGGCCUCCAAUCCAUAUUUACCAACAAGAGGAGGAAAUACUGUAGCCACGGGAGGUCGCUUCCGCUGUCCAUCCUGUAGGCAUGAAGUGGUACUGGAUCGACAUGGCGUAUAUGGAUUACAGAGAAACCUGCUUGUUGAAAAUAUCAUUGAUAUUUAUAAGCAAGAAUCAACCAAAACUACAAGGCCCGAAAGAAAAUCUAACCAACCAAUGUGCGAAGAACACGAAGAAGAAAAAAUUAACAUUUACUGUCUGACUUGUGAGGUGCCAACAUGUUCCAUGUGUAAAGUAUUUGGAGCUCACAAAAAUUGUGAAGUAGCCCCUCUUUCUCACGUUUUCCAGGGUCAAAAGACUGAAUUAUCAGAUGGCAUUGCUAUACUGGUUGGAUGUAAUGAUCGGAUUCAAGCAGUGAUCAGUCAACUAGAAGAGACCUGUAAAGCUGUAGAGGAAAACAGUAGAAGACAGAAAGAACAGCUGAGUGAGAAAUUCGAUUACUUAUAUGCAGUUCUUGAAGAAAGGAAAGGUGAACUGACUCAAGUUAUCACAAGAAACCAAGAAGAGAAACUUGAAUAUGUUAAGUCGUUAAUGAAGAAGUAUGCAGAUCAUAUGGAAAUUGUCGCAAAGCUAGUAGAAUCAGGAAUUCAGUUCAUGGAUGAGCCUGAAAUGGCAAUGUUCCUUCAAAAUGCUAAAGGUUUACUACAAAAAAUUACAGAAGCAUCUAGAGGAUCCCAGAUGGAAAAAAUUGAGUCCGGGUAUGAAAAUAUGAACCACUUAACAGUGGAGCUCAACCGAGAAGAGAAAAUAAUUCGAGAAAUUGAUUUUUAUAGGGAAGUUGAAGAGGAGGAAGAAGAAGUGGCAGUGGAUGAAGACUCAGAGGACGCUCAUACAGAGUCUUCAGGUGAAGAGGAUGUCUCAGAGAGAGUGACUCAAAAACCUACCCCUACCUCUGACACCACAAUUACAACCACAAACCAAAACGAAGAACAAACUACACCUCAGGAAGCAGAACGGCCAAUGCCUCAAGGUGGUGUUGAGCCAAGUGGUAUUCAACAGACUCCUAACGUUCAAGUACUCUCAACUGCAGAAACCUCAGAUCACUUGUUUUAUCCUAGCUGGUAUAAGAGCCAAGUGCGGCAACAAUCCAAACCAAACAAGCUUCCGCUGAAUGAUGCUGUGCGUCAAAUAGAUCCUUCCAUUCCUAAGGAAAUGACUGUAAAGAAAGUAGAGCCAGCGGCAGGACUCCUUAAGGAGAGUGUGGUAGUGGCUGGUAAGGAAACCAGUCCAUCUGCAGAUAAUCCUCAGAUUAGUCUUCACACUUCCAGUCCACAAGAGAUGAGACCCUUGAUGCUGGAACGUAGCACCGGUGAAUGGACUGGGUCUGAGACAUUGGUCCAAGAAGAUGCUCAAGGGACUACAGAAUCUAAUCAGUCUGACAACACAGACGCUUUACGUCAUGUAUUCUCUUUCUCCUGGCUUAAUACAUUACCUGAAUAGCCGCCUGACUGUGGGAAACCUUCAUUUGUCUGCAGCACCAGUAUGAACACUCACCUAAGUGUAAAGUCAGGGGAUCGAUUACCCGUUGUCACAGCAGUACUCAUCAUCAGCACAUUUAAUGGUCCCUGCCUCUACCUUCUUCCAUCCACAUCAUACUCAUGACAUAUCAGCCUUCCCAAUAUCUACCAAUUACGCCUCGGUGUACGACAGAAACCUAGUAGACUCAUCUUGGGGUCCAAACACUACUCUGAUAAUUCCACCCAUACUUCCCUCUGCCCCCUCACUAUCAGCUGAGUAGUAUGUGUAUGUAUGUAUGUGUCAGUGGGUGUAAGGUGCUGUGUAACCCACUUGAAUCAGUUCUUUCUUCACUACUUGAAAUUACUAAAGUGACAUUAAAGUGUGCAGGUGCCUUAAGGGGUUAACUUCCAAGAAGUGCAGAGACCCCUUGGUGACUGCCAUUUCUUUUAGGGAAUACAUUAAUGCAAAUAGGUCUUCAUUUAUGUGCUCUUGUUAAGUUUGAAGAGGCAGUUGUCUCAAGCAAUGAGCAAUGUCCUUGUCCAGCAUAUUAGGCAGGUUAUGCUGGGAAUUGUAGUUCCAUAAUACAGCGCCUGGUGCCUACAAGCAAUCUCUGCCCUUGAUAUAGCUGUUAGAAAACAGUAGUGCCGAGAGCUGAAUGGGUCUUUUGACCAGCACCUUGAUUAUUGAGUUAUUAUGAUGUAGUAGCUUUACUCAUAUGGAAAACCAGAGAUAACACACUAAAUGAUAACACAUUUACGUAUGUAUAUAUAAUUAUUAUUAUUAUUAUUAUUAUUAUUAUUAGAGAUGAGCAAAUGUAUUGAAACUCAGUUAGGGUCUGAUUUGCCCAAAUCGAUUGUCAGAUUUUAUUCAAGUCCUAUUAAAUUUGACCCAUGAAAGUGCCCAAAUUGCCCUGAAAGAUCAUGCAUGACACUCUGGGGUCCCCAAGGACUGUAUCCAACCCCUUUUAAGUCCGUUAAUCCAGAGACCGCAUUAGUAAUGUCAAAGUGACAGUGGCAUAUAUACGGUAUAUGUAGGAAUAUGGGUAAACAGAUGUUAGCUUGUUACAAUACACACUGCCUCAAUGAAUUUAAAAAAAAUCAUCCAAAUCUGGAUUUUAGGGGAAUUUGGAACCAAUGUCAUUCAUUUACAAUCCUUGCAAAUCUGUGUAGUCAACUUUGCAUUAAGGUAACAGGGUUUGGAAAGCAAUGCAUGGGACUAUUCUUUGCUCCUGACACCUUAUUACAGCACCUUCUUCAUGAGAAGGAAAUAGAUGGAGGGCAAGGACUAAGGAAUCACUCUGUGCAGUGCUAUCACUUCUCUGGGAUUUUGUGUUGCUUUUCUUUUGGCCACCAUCAAAAAUGUCUUCGCUUUAUGAUCUCAUUCCUCUUAAUGCCGUCUACUAGAUCUACUGUAUGUUUCCAUUGCACAGAAGCUUGGUCAGGAGUCAGGACCACCUCUCUGUCUGCUUACUACAUACUCAUCCCCCAAUAAAUGAAGAUGGACAGAUGAAGCUUGGCAGAUUUUAUUAAAAAUAUAGAUAUUAAACAUUAUGUUUACACACCAAUGUUGUGCGAGCUCUGAAAAGAUGUUUUUUAUUGUGGAAAUGUAUACAAUAAACUUUUGAUGCAA